CCGUCAACCCCUACAACCCUUGAGCCGACUGAUAUUGACAAUAAAACAGGAGGUCACAGAGAUUUUCUGGGAAAGCUGCAUGUCCCUCCACACUGUCACCAUGUAUCGUCCAACAAAAGAUGAUAUUUAUGCAUAUGCACUGUCCAAGACCUUGACAAAAGUUUCAUCACCUGCAACCGUAGGACUCUACUCUGCAUGUCAGAACCGACUAAGCAUGAUCCUCGGACAGAUGGAAGUGAACAUGAAGCAGGAGGCCGCAAGGAUUGAGCAGGACUACAAAGGAAAAUCCAAGCCUCGCUCAGCUAGCCCUUCAUUUACUGGCUUUCUGGCACUCAUUGGUCGGCUGCUCUUCUACAUGCCCAUUUGGACUGAGGAGAAUCAGCAGCACCAUAACGUCAGGUUCAUUUAUGUACAUUUUAGUGCCUGGCAUUUUGCAGGCAGUGACCUACUAUGGGCCGGGAUUGCCAUACGGCUGUUUCACGCCAUGCAGAUGAGCUUUGGUAAACUACAGCUUGUACUCUACCGUGUGGUUCAAUAUGAUGAAGAAGACGAAGUCAAGAAGAAGAUAGUGGAGGAUGGCCCUAACAAUUGGAGGUCCAAAAAGGUUUGCUGCUGCCCUCUGUGGUUUCUUGUCUUGUCCAUUGUUGUGGUACCAAUUAUCAUCCUGGUAGUUGUGUUGAACCUUGGCGUUCCUGAUCCUGAUGAAUUGAAACCAAGCGAGGAGGUGAAUGGAGCAAAAGGCAAGGUGGGUGUGCUGGGGGGCAUAAUCUUCGCUGCGUUAGGAGUACCAGCAGCAAGCGGAUUGAAGUUUGCCUUUCAGAUGGUUAAGAACCUCAUUUACAGCCAGGAUCUGAACCUCAGGAAGGGCCUGGACAAUGAGCAUAUCAGCAGCCAGCUGGGCUUCAUGAACGAAGUGAGAAAGGAAAUGUGGUUUCUGUCUCGUUUCAUCCAGUUCAUGGAGGUGUUUGAGAGAAGAAGGAUCCGAGUUGUACUGAAGAUCACCAAUCUGGACCGGUGUUCUCCUAAGAAAAUUGUUGCAGUUCUGGAUGCCAUUAACAUUCUGCUUUCAGAUAAGGAAAGUCCGUUUAUUAAUAUUCUGGCUGUCAACCCAGAUGUUCUUAUGGAGAAAGUGAACUUUGCAGAUGGCUGUUUCAGCAAAGAGGACAGAGCGUAUGCACUGCUGAACAGCAUUGUGACUCUGGCCUUCACAGUCCCACCACUGUGUGAUGAUUCAAGGCGCAGUUUAUUUCACAGCCUUGCAAACAACUCAAAAAUCCCUGAGAACAUGAGCAUGAGGGAAGUUAGAACUGAGAGCCUUAAAAAGAUAUCCUUGGAUACAGCUUCAGUGGAGAUUGCAUUUGAAAAGAAAGAGUCCAUUUCACUGAUUGACAAAACUGCAGCAGCACUGGAUGUAAAGGAGGAGGAAGUAGAGAAGUUGGUCGGGAGCAUCCUGACCAGUAAUGAAAUGAAUCUAAAUAAGUACCUGUUAGAUGAUGCUAUGUCUAUGAGGAGGGUGAUCAACGCCAUUCGAGUGACUGUGAUAAUCAUGAAGGCCUUGGAGAAAGAGCAUCCUCAACCAGAAUACGUUGCAGCAUGGGUGGUCUUGGCUAAUCAGUGGCCCUGCCGCCUCAGCUGGAUCAUCCAGUGCGUGGAAGAUGCUCAGCAGAGAGCAGAUAUUGAUCGUAACAAUGUGUCCAACAUUGAUUCAAAAUACUUAUGGGAAGUCUUCAGUGAGUCUCGGGCGGAGCUGUACGUGAUGAGUGCACAGAUUGAAGAAUUCCUCGAGCAGGAUGGAGAUCCUGAGAUGUUUGAGAGAUUUCUCAAAACAGAUUUCAAAUUCACUGUGAAAGACUUGGAGACAUUUGAAGUGGCUACGGUGAACCUGGAUCAUACAAUCAGAAAGGAGAUGGCUCAGAUCAGAGGAACAUCCAGGCUGAAAGAUUCUGGUUGGAUGAGGAACCUAGCUCCUCUGCCAAUCACAACUAUCAUCGGCAUGAAUAAAGAGGAUGUAUGUGAGGAGUUGGAGAGGAUGGGAUUCGACAGUAAGUAUGCUGAAAUUGUGACACGCAAUGAUCUCAAUGGUUCAGCGCUGAUCUUUGGUGAUGUAGCUGACCUUAAAGAGCUCCUUGGGAUGACCUUUGGUGAAUGGGCAACCUUCAGACUCCACUUCUUGGGUUUACCGACACAUCGCCGACCUCAAAACAAGAACACGUUAUCGCCUUCUCAUUCUCAGAAGCAGCUGGCUGGCUUUCCUCUACAUGCUGCACAUCAAUACUCAUCUAAUCCCAAUCUGGUUAACAGCUGCAUGUAGAAUUUCAGACCAUUUCCAGAUAAGUCUGACCCCCCCCCCCCAAACCUGUGAUCUGCAUGUGAAAUAUGUAUGCGCAAUGUUUACAUUAACAAUUACACAACUUAUGAAUAAACACAGAAAAUUAUGCAUGACUAAAAUUAUUAAAGGAAUCAUUCCACAUUUCGCUAAAUAUAAAGCUGGAGCCAGCAGGUAAUUAUCUUGACUUGGCAUAUAGACUAGGAACAGAGGAAAGUAGCAUGUCUGGCUCUGUCAAAAGUUUAAAAAUACACAACACUUUAAAUCUCACUAAGUAACACAUAUGACUAACUUUAGUUCAGUCCUGGCAAGCUGUUGGCUCUGUUUAUACUAAGCUAAGAUAAUCACCUCCUUGCUGCUGUAUCGUCUUCUCACCUUAUUUCUCACUUCUCACAAGUCACCGUUGGUGUCUCCGGUUAAAGUUGGUUCACACUAGUCAAACAUGAAUCACUGCAGUAUGUCUUUAAAAUAGCUUUAAACCAGUUGAUUCGUGUCCAGCACUGCUAUCAAGUGCUUUUCUUGAGUGGCUUUUCUAUUAGCAUGAACAUUCUCCUCUGCCUGAACUAUUGUUUUAUGCACAAUAAAAUGAGAAAGAGGUCAAACAGCUCCAGCAUCUGCCCCACCUCGAGAAUCUGAUCAUGAUGCCUCAAGCUCAUAUUUUUUUAGAUAUACAACCUCUACGCUUAACUUCUCAGUCUGCUAACACUCGUGUCAAAAUGCUGCUCGCGUGCUUUCCCCUUUGCUCCCUCUUCCACUCCAACAUGCACCUCUUCUCUGCCAUCCCUUUGAGGCAUUUCAACUGACGUCUCCCUGCAUUUUUAUCUGGAGGGCGAUGAGACAUUGAGCCUUCAUAACAAAUUGAACUUCAUUCUGUCUGGUCUCAAACUGUUUUUUUUUGUAACAAGUUGCCUGACUAGACUGAAUGGUUUCGGUUUAUUUCACUCUCCACCACAAGACUACCUAUGUAUCUUUGUAAAUACACCACUUUUGUCAACCUAACUGGUUUACGGUUCAUUUCAAGACAUUUUAAUUAUUGUAUGACUUCACAUUCAUGAACUGGAGAGUUUACUGUUUUAUGUAAUUGCUGUGUGAUUAAAAACAAUGCUUAUCUCGCUCAUGUAACGUUGUCAAAUAACUGUCACGUAUAUGUUGUUAACUUAAGGAAGAUAGCUGUAGUGUUACCAAGAUGUCCACUCACAUAUAAUUCUACCUUUGUUGAUGUAAUGUGAUCGUUCAUCUUUUUCACAGCCCAUACACACAGUGGGUUGUUAUAAUGGCACAUAUAGCUGCUUCAGUUUCAGGGUCCUGGGAUUGUACAAGCUGUCACUACACUGUGACACUGACACAAAUUAAGCUGUUGUUAAUGUCACUAAUAAGCUAGAAGGGAAAGGACCAAGCAGAUAAAAAGCUGUGAAACACAUACAUAUACAGACUAAGCAUUGUUUACCAUUACAUGUUGCGGGAUCUUUUUGUAGGAAAAUAAUCUGUCAGUUUGUUUUUUUUACUCUCCAUCUUACUUAACGAUGGCGUGCACAUAAAGAGAUUACUUAUCUAAACCGAUGAAAACCAUCAAUGAUUUGGGCUACAGUUAUAACUGGAAGGCUCUAAAGGGUUAACACGGGGCUGCAUCAUGCACAAAAAUGCAACUUAUUGUAGUUUUUUUUUUUAUAUUCAAUGUUUUUGUUAUUGUUUUGGCUUGCUGUGUUGUAUGUACAUGUACUGUAACUUUUACAGGAAGUUCAUCCUGGAAUCGGUUAAUGUUUAUACUGAGGAGUGUGACGUACCUGUUAUACAUGAAUGCAUGCUUUAAGUUUAUAAACGUAUGUAACUCUUUCAAAGGUCGUGGGAAUCCCUUGCAUGCAUAGUGGGAUUUUAUCUAUUCCAGACCCUGAGUAGGUAUUACACCAAGGGAUAUUUGGUAUUUCAUAGAGAUUCACUGUGAUGUGUUUAGGAAUACUUUAUUGAUCAUUAAGCAGAAAAUCAAAUACAGUAUAUGUGCUGCAGUAAACUGUAAUUUUCAAUUUCUUGCAAAUCAAUCAAAUGUAAACUCUGGCAAAUAAAAUGUUGAUGCAAAAAGUGUUCCAUAAUUUAAAAAAAAAAAGUUCAUUCAAGAAAAUAUAAUUUUUGUUUUUGUGGAACUUACAAUCAUCCCAAGCAACGUGCUGAUUCAUUCAUGAUAUUUUAACAUCAACGUGUUCUUGUGUUGCUAAUAAUUAUGUGGAUUCCUUUGAACCGUUUCCUUCAGAAACUUGCAAAACAU